AUGCCGUUCUUCAUAGAUAACCCCAACCUGGGGAAUGACCGCAACAUCGAAGACCACCGAAUUCGCGGAUACAACCCUCUCACACCUCCAAACCUGCUUCAACAUGAGAUUGCGCUUACCGAAGUCUCCAGGGAGACCGUUUUGCAAGGUCGUAGAGAUGCGGCUGCUGUAGUCCAAGGCACCGAUCCUCUGAACCGUCUCCUUGUAAUUAUCGGCCCCUGCUCAAUUCACGACCCCGCAAUGGCCCUAGAAUACUGCGAUCGCUUGGUAGAGCUUCGCGAAAAACACAAAGACUCGCUGCUCAUCGUCAUGCGCUCUUACCUAGAGAAGCCCCGCACGACAGUUGGCUGGAAGGGUCUGAUUAAUGACCCAGAUAUGGAUGGCAGCUUCAAGAUCAACAAAGGCCUGCGUCUAUCCCGCCAGCUCUUCGUCGACUUGACCAGCAAGGGCAUGCCGAUUGCCAGCGAGAUGCUGGAUACCAUCUCUCCUCAGUAUACUGCCGACUGCUUGUCCCUCGGUGCCGUUGGCGCUCGUACCACAGAAUCACAGGUUCAUCGUGAACUCGCGUCAGGAUUGUCCUUUCCCGUGGGAUUCAAGAACGGAACUGACGGAUCGUUGGGCGUUGCCAUCGAUGCCAUUGGUGCCGUCAAGCAUCCCCAUCACUUCUUGUCCGUCACAAAACCCGGUGUUGUGGCCAUUGUAGGAACGGACGGUAACGACGACUGCUUUGUGAUCUUGCGUGGCGGUACCAAGGGCACGAAUUACGAUGCACAGAGCAUCGCUGAAGCGAAAGCGAAGCUUACCGAGAAGGGCCUUCGACCGCGAAUCAUGGUAGACUGCUCGCAUGGAAACUCAUUGAAAAACCACAAGAACCAGCCUAAGGUGGCCGAUGUUCUGGCGGAGCAGAUUGCUGCUGGCGAGCAAGCUAUCAUGGGAGUCAUGAUCGAGAGCAACAUCAAUGAAGGAAACCAGAAGGUACCUCCAGAGGGCAAGGCCGGCCUCAAGUACGGCGUUAGCGUCACAGACGCCUGCAUUGGCUGGGAAGAUACCGAGUUGGUCCUUGAGAGACUGGCACAAGCUGCUCGACAACGCCAGAAACUGCAUCCUGUCAGUGGAAAAGGCGUUGCUCAAUAA